AUGCCUCCCGGAUGCAACCAGAUGAAGUGGCCCUGGGCCGUCGGCAGCGAACCCAUCGUCUUCCCCGCGGAGGCGGGGAUGCCAAUGGGUGAGGGGAAGAAGUGGUUUGCUUUGCAGAUGCACUACUACAACCCCUCCCUUGACACUGGCGUCAUGGACAGCAGCGGCGUCCGGGUGACCUUUGCCAAUACUUUGCGUACCCACGACGCGGCAACGUUCCGGUUCAACGGUGGCACCGGCGACAACCAGCGCGACCCCAUUCCUGCCGGGCAGUCGGAGUACACGCUUUCGCCCAAGGCUGGGGCUCUUCGGCCGUCCUUUUCGUAG